GCUUCCGGGUGCGAUGGACCCCGAGUUCGACGAUGUGGUGGCGGUGGAGGAUCUGAUGGCUCUGGAGCGGCGCUACGCGGCGGAGCGGCAGCAGGGGGCGCUGUCCCGGCAGUGCCGGUUCGAGUACGGCUGGGGGCUGGUGCGGAGCCGCUACCGGGAGGACAUCGCCCGCGGGGUGGCGCUGCUGGGCGAGCUGCUGCCCGAGACCCCCCCCGAGGAGCAGCGCGACGUCCUGUUCUACCUGGCCCUGGGCAACUACCGGCUCAAGGAGUACGAGCGCUCCCUGGAACACCUGGAGCGGCUCCUGGCCGCAGAGCCCCAGAACCCGCAGGUGCUGCGGCUGCGGAGCCGCGUGAGGAGCCAGCUCAGACGAGACGGGCUGGUGGGCGCGGCCAUUGUUGGGGGUGUGGUCAUGGGCGUGGCCGGGCUCUUGGGCGUGGCCAUCUCCCGCGCCCGGCACUGACCACGCCCACCUCGAGGGGGGAGGGGGCUGCGCUGUGACGUCAUGGUGGGAGGAUGAGGGCGGCCCGCGUUGUGACGUCAGCAUGCAGCGGAGUGACGUCACGGCGCGGAGUGAAUCGCGAUGACGUCACUGAGGUCGCCGCUCUCCCCCCUCCCCUCCCCCCCCCCCCCAGUGCCUUGGGGACAUCCCCGGGUGUCCCCCCCCCGCCCCUCCCCCACCCCGCACUGCCCCCUCCCCCACCCCGCUG